GGCUCAAGACCGAGCACAGACGUCGGGCGCCAACGUCCGGGGCGAGCACACGCCCGGCGAGAGCAGUUAGGUUCACCGCGCCGGCCACAGAAUGGGGUGCGGCGCAUCAGCCCAAGAGAAGCCGAACCAGAAGAAACCCGAUGAGGUGGCCACUCCACCUCCGACGCCGGCGGCCGCGGAGAAGAGCGAGGCGCGGCGGCCCUGGCCUGAGGAGGAAGAACGUCGUCGAAGCGGUGGGAGGCUCCGAGCCGGCGGCUGAGGAACCGAAGCCCGCUGAGGCGGCCCCUGCGGAGCCCGCUGUGGCGCCCGUGGAGCAGGAGGUGGUGAAGUGCAGCAUGCGAGGCAGGCGCAAGCCACCGCAGGAGAAGGCCGGGCGGCGGCCCCAGGCUAAGCGUAUGGUCAAUUUCGGCGACCACGACGCUGGAAAGUGGGUGUUGACCAGCACUGAGUACGACGGCUCCUACGGCAUCAUCGGUGGGACACCCGUCGUUCAAGAGAAGACGGGCCCGAUCCAGGAGGGUCUGGACCUGCUCAAGCAGGAGCCUCACAAGUACCUCUCGCUGUGGUACCAGACGGACAUGAUGUCGUGGCCCACGGAGCAGCAGCAGUAUUCGCUGUGCGAGCGGAGGAAGCAAAGGAUUGUCGUUAAGGAAACGCAAGGAGGGCCGUUCACUUACGUCGAGAGCAAGUACCACGCCCUGCCUGAUUGCGAGGUGCAGCCCGACCAAUUUACGGACAGCAUGGCGUACGCGGGCGCUCCGUGCACACAGGGCAAGCAACCGGGCCGAGGGCAAGGCUGCGCAGAUGUGCCGGGCUUGAGCGUCAUCAAGGACGUGGACCCAAACGACGUGCUGCAGGGCAGCGUAGGCGAUUGUUGGCUGCUCUCCGCCAUGUCUGCCUUGGCCGAGUUUUCGGGUGCAGUCAAGAAGGUGUUCAACAAAACUCCAGGAAUCGAGUCCUUACCAGGCCAGAGUAAGCCAAAUGUACGUGGUAACGCUGUAUGACCUGAAGACCUGGAAGCCGGUCGACAUCGAGAUCGACGAGCGGCUCCCUGGGAACCCCAACGGCAGCGGCUUGCUGGGCUGCAGCCCGAGCGCGUCUGGGGACCUGUGGGCACCGUACAUCGAGAAGGC